AUGACAUGGGCAGAUUUCAGAGCCCCCCCAGGAACCAAUUGGUCUGACCCGACAGUCAAAGGCACUGAUCGAAACUUCAACAUCGCCCUCAUUACCCUGGACUACUCGGACAGGCCAUUCGUGAUCACGCAGCCUGUGGGUUCGACUCUUUACGGCAACCCUCAGCCAAGUGUAUCGGGACUCGAUCGCGAAUCAGUGCCGGCUUUCUACCACGACCUCUUGAACAAGCCACAGGACUUGAACCAGGGACAUACGAUCCACGAAUAUUGGAUGGGAGACUCGUUUGGGCGCUUUGGGGUGGACCUGACUGCCUUCGGGCCCUAUCGCAUGCCUUCACUUGCGUACCAGUAUGGCAUUACGAAUGAUAUGAACCCCGGCGGUUGUCCUUCUGGGAGCACCUGUAACCUCAAUAUACGGACUGAUGCAUUGGCCGCCUGGCGAGCAGAUGUCGGAAACGCCACCGCUGACUCCUUUGAACUGGUAUUCAUCCUAUCUGCGGGACAGGACGAGUCUUCAACGUGGCAGGAAUUCGGCGAGAUGAGAUUCCAGACCAAGGAAGACGUUCCCGACGACUUUGGUCCACCAGGAGAUGGCACGAAUUACGCAAAGACGCGAUAUGUGGAGUGGUCCUCGUGGGCGGCGGCCUCGAACAUUUGGCCGAACGCUGGAGGUGGUUCCUCGACACAGGGAGAGAGCUCAGGCAUGGCAACAUAUGCACACGAACUGAGUCACCUUCUGUCCAUCGGUGAUAAUUAUAAUAAUCCAUACGGUGUUCCACUGCGUCGAGCAUAUACAGGCCCAUGGUCGAUGAUGGAUCGAGGGUCCUUCAAUGGGCCGGGCGGUCCUCAUAGCCGGUGGCAGAUCCCGGCGGUCCAAGGGGCCUCGAUGGGAUCGCUACACACGGUGCGCGAUAAGGCUUAUAUUGGUCUCAUCGGUAACUCGAGCACCCUGAGUCUGUCUCGAGAGGCUCUAGCUAGCUCUGGUCCUAUUGUUGCUCGCUUGAUAGCUCGCUCCGUGAAUCCUGGCGACUCAAAUCUUCUGCGGGUCAACAUCGCCAUGAGCUCUGAUCUAUCGCCACCAUGCAACACAACAACAGAUGUUCUCUGCGAUGGGGGCAGUUACAACAACUACAAUCUUGAGGUAGUUGACCGUAUGGGCGCGGACUCAUUUACCCCUGACUCGGGAGUCCACAUCAGCAAGACCAAGAAUGGGAACAGCGCGCCGUUUCAAUGGACUAUCGAUGCAAAUCCGCGAGAUAUUGGGCUGAUAGACUUCUACCGUCCCAACGGUACGGCGGCGAUGAUUACCCUGGGAGACUACCGACAGUUGGCGGACGCCUUGUUCCAUGCAGGCACGCGAUCAGGUAGCGAGUUCGAGUAUGUCGAUGAAGCGAAUAACCUUCAUCUCUAUGUUCUCGAGAAACGCCGAGAUUCCACGGGCGUGCUUUCAUACACUGUUGCCGCGCGGUCUCUUCAGGACAGCAGCAACAGCGAUUACGGCAUUGCUUUAGGCAAUGGAAUCGUCGCAGCGGGCCGGCAGAAUACACCUACAGGGAAAGGUGUGACAUGUGUGUUCCCUCUGAUAAACAACGGCACUUACGCGGCGGGUGCUGGCGAUAUCACACACCCACAAGAUGUCUCCGCGUUUGUAGGCUCCGACAUUUAUAGGCUUGCCGCUGAAGUGGAAGGUGACGGCUGGCGGGUUGAACUGCCGAAUGCUCUUGCAAGGGUCAAUUUUGGUUCGUCAACAAUAGCAACCGUGGCGGUCGGUGCGUCGGUAGACGCUGUAGAAGUGGCAGUCGUGAGGCUUACUGCAUCGUCCGAGUCGGAUGCGCUCGUGACGGGGACAGCCGAAUGUAAGGUCAACAAGAUCUGA